CGAUUGGAAGAGAAAGAGGACAGAUUCUGAUGGGUGCUGAGAAGAAAACCAACAGACUGCUCCCAUUGACGGCCUUCUUCCUUCUGGUUCUGUCCACAACUAUUCCCUGUGUUUUCUCGGCAGCCAAUCAGCCCCCAACCAAUAGAAAGUCGGCCCAGUUGCAGAAAUCUGGUUCUUCCGCUGUUUUUCCCCUUCACGGAAACGUUUAUCCUCUUGGUUACUACUCUGUGUCCAUCACCAUAGGCCACCCUGCCAAGCGUUUCGACCUUGAUAUUGAUACUGGCAGUGACCUUACCUGGGUCCAAUGUGAUGCUCCUUGUACUGGUUGUACCAAGCCCCGUGAGCAUCUUUAUAAACCCAGCAACAAUCUUCUGGGAUGUGGACACCCUCUUUGUGUUUCAUUCCACUCAAGCUACCCAUGCAAGACCCCAGAUGAUCAAUGUGACUAUGAGGUCGAAUAUGCUGAUCACGGGUCAUCUCUUGGUGUGCUGGUCAAUGACUACUUCCCCCUGAAAUUCACCAAUGGCUCUCAACUCAGUCCUCGUUUGGCCUUUGGGUGUGGAUAUGAUCAAAAAAUUAAUAGUUUAAACGCACCUGCCACCUCAGGAGUCAUUGGCCUAGCUAAUGGAAAGGCCAGCAUUGUAUCACAACUAAGUCGCCUAGGUUUAACGCGAAAUGUUGUGGGUCACUGUCUAAGUGGGCAAGGUGGAGGAUUUCUUUUCUUUGGGGAUGAUCUUGUCCCUUCUUCUGGAGUCAUGUGGACACCAAUGUUGCAGAAUUCAUUCCAAGAGCACUACUCAUCUGGACCAGCGGAACUUGUCUUUAAUGGAAAGUCUACCGGUGUAAAGGGCCUUAACAUGGUUUUUGAUAGUGGAAGCUCUUACACUUAUUUCAAUUCACAAGCUUACAAGGCACUCAUUAAUCUGGUGCGAAAUGAUUUAAAUGGGAAGCCUCUGAAGGAUGCAACUAAGGAUCAAUCCCUCCCAAUUUGCUGGAAAGGUAGCAAACCUUUCAAAUCUGUUGGCGAUGCAAAGAACUUUUUCAAGCCCUUAGCACUGAGCUUUACUAAAGCUAAGACUGUUGCUGCAGUUAUCACCGAAGCUUAUCUUAUAGUUACAAAACAUGGCAAUGUAUGCUUGGGGAUUUUGAAUGGCACUGAAGUGGGACUGGGAAAUAUGAAUAUCAUUGGAGAUAUUACUAUGCAAGAUAAAAUGGUGAUAUAUGACAACGAGAACCAGAGAAUUGGAUGGGCUCCUACAAAUUGCAAAAGACUUCCAAAAGUGGAUCGUGAACUUUGUGACGGUAUUUCUCAGCCUUUUGUAGCCGAUACAUACAACUUAUAUGCUCCUAGGAGUUUUACAACAGUUAUUUUGUCUGUUACUCCAGCAGAGAAGAAAAAGAGAGGUUAGUUUUGUAUGUCGUAGUACCCGAUAAUACAGGUAUCCCUUAUAUA